AUGAAGUGUGUAAAACUGAAUAAGGAGCCAGAAUCUCUAAAGAAUGAACUAGAUGGUGGCGACUCUAGUGAUGAAGAGGAGCUCCAGCAAGCAUUUGAUAUGCACAGUCUCAUCAUAUCUAGUCUACAACAAGAGCCAAUGUUCACAGCAGAAGAUGUCAUCAAUGAAAUAGAAGGGAUGAUGGAGGAUGACGAGACUCCGACAUCCGAGUGUUCUAUGCCAUCGUGCUCUGAUGAUAUCACACCGACACAAUCGGCUGAACUCAUUCAAUUUAAACAAAAACGAGCCCUAAAUCCAGAAAAUUAUCAAGAAAGCCUGCGUGAGUUAUCACUGAGUGGUCUGAAUGAGCUAUUAGAAGAACUGGAGGCAUAUAUAAAAGAUUACUCAGAGACUCUAAUACAGGAGCUUGCUCUACGGGACGAGUUGGAAUAUGAGAAAGAAUUGAAGAACACGUUUAUAUCACUGUUGUUGAGUAUACAGAAGAAAAGACGUGAAAGUCAGAUGGAUAAGAAAAAAAUCAACAACAACAAACGUAAAGGUGCCAAUGACUCGAACACUUACUUGACUACUGUCAUCCCUUACCAUGCCAACCAAGGCACUCCAUCGAGCCACCAAUUACAAGUCUACAUCAAAAUUCUGAAAGCCAUCAAUGAAGACAGUGCUGCAGUCCCUGGACUCCUGACAGACUACAUUCUGAAAGUUCUCUGCCCCACAUAAUAGCCAUACUUACUACCCAACCUCCGGAGAAGUGCAAUCUAAUUUAUUUCUAAACAACUUGUAUACUGACUGUACAGGACGUCCCAGUUGCCAUGGAUAUUAGGAAUGUGCAAAUAUGAUGGAAGAACUUCUGCAUAAUUUGGAUAUUUAUUACGAAUCACGCUUGUUUGACACUUGUAGUGUUGUAGGAUGGAAUCGGAAUCAUAUAUCUUGGAAAGAAACUCAGAAAAGGAACACAGUGCACAGAACAGAACAAAGAUGUCUCUGACUAACAGAUGGAUAUAUUUAUUAUUAGAUUGAUAAUAUGGGAGUUAUUUGUAUUACCCACAAUGCACCACUGGUGCUUUUGGAUGGAGAAGGCUACAUAAAGUAUGUUAUAUUGAACUGCGGAAUAUGGAUAUGACAAUUCCUAUUUCAUAUAUUGAAAUAUACAGUUAACAGAAGAGGUAUGGAUAUCCCAUGAUUCUCUAUCAGGACUUGAGGAAAAGAACAGAGAAAGAACAGGAUAAGUUUUUUGGAUAAUGUAGAAUAUCUAUAACGCAAUAUAAUCUGCUUUUGCUUUUUGAUAGUGGCAAUAUACUGCAACUUACAUAUAUAGAUCAAAAUCUGGCGAUUGAGGCAAGUUAUUGGCAAUCAUGGUCUUAAAAGAUUUACAGCAUAUAGCACAUAGUAAUUGUCUCAGUGUAUUUAUAUACUAACAAGCUGUAUUGUAUAGCUAUAUCCUCACAUAGCUGGCUUUGUAAUAGUGAUACAUUGCUCUGGCAACACCUUAUUUGAUGUCAGGUCAUAGUGCAUCAAUGCUGUAUUGCUAGCAAGCUGUUCCUCUAGAAAUAGCUAUUUGAUGUCCGGUCAUAAUGUGUCAGUGCUGUACCUCUAGAAAAAGCUAUGAUGUUAGCUCAUAUUGCGUCAAUGCUUAUUUCUAGAAACUGCUUGAUGUCAGAUCAUAAACAGGGUAGACAUUAGUGUGAGAUUUGUAUGUCUUAAAAAAUAAGAUGAGUCUUACCAAUCGUACAAAAAACAUUCUGUAUGUUAAUAUGUGGUCUAAUGAUUAAUCAUUACUAAAGUGUUUUUCCAUGCCAUAGGUCCUCAAAUAGAAUGAUUCCACUCACUUAGAAAAAGUUUUGUUAACCUUCACAAAACAAAAUAAUCACUUAAGCUAAAUGAAAUGUCUUUUAUCAUUAUAACUAUUUUGGAACAAUUUAUAAUGGAAAACAGAAAACGCAUGCAUGUUGUGUGACUUUUCUGUUACUAAUGUCACUUGUGGGUUCAAAACUACACAUUGUUUUUUAUAGAGUCUCAACCAGACUAGGACGAUUUUGUACAUAGUGCUAAUUGUACUGAUAUAUGCAUAUGUUUAGCAUGACAAUUUGUUGAUAGAUAUGACAUAGUCACUUUAAGAGAAAAUUAUUCGUAUCAGAAUCAGUGUUUACAUAGUUUUAUUCUGUUUUAGCCAAUCUUUAUGGGUUUUCACUGUAGUUUGAGUGCUUGUUGCAGCUAUUAUUCAAAAUUGACGACCGCUUAUAGUCAUAUAAUGGUUGUAUGAGUCAAAAUAUGGCAGGGAGAAGCAGUCAAAAUAUGGAAAAAACACUGGCCAGGGCCGUAGCCAGCUUUUGCC